AUGGCAGAACAAUCAGAACCGGUGUCGUCAAGUGCGAAUCAAUCUUCUAGCCCACAAAAUUCUCCAGAAGAUAAGCACAAGCAACCAUCGGCGCCGCCAGCAUUCUCUGGUUUUCCAGCAUAUCCAAAUGGUGGUUUUCAGAUGUUUCCUAUCAUGUAUCCUGCACUAGUUCCAGGGUUAAAUACUAUGCAAAAUCAAGACCAAACGAAUCAUGGGCCGGGAAUUUAUGCAGUGCCUGCUCCACAAUUUAUGGGACCAAUUGCUGGACUUCCUUCCAACACACUAAUUCCUCUCACGCUCAAUAUACCUACUAGGCCAAGUCCUGAGGCUGGGGCAGCUGGUGAUCAAGCGCAAGGUGGACAACAACAACCACAGCAGCAUCAACAGCCUGCACAUCCAAGACAAAUUGUUGUUAGGAGAUUUGAAAUUGCAUUUCAUUUGGAUUUGUUGCUGAUACUUAAGCUGGCAGCUGUAAUCUUUUUGUUCAACCAAGAUGGGUCAAGACAAAGGCUUCUUGUCCUUGUGUUUUUUGCUUCAGUUGUCUACUUGUACCAAACUGGAGCUCUAACACCAUUGGUACGAUGGCUCUCACAAAGCAUGCAGAGGGCAGCUGCGCCUCCCCGUCCACCUAGGCCCGCUGUCAGGGCGGAAAAUGCUGAUGCUGCAAUGCAGAAUGAAAAUAUUGCUUUGGCAGAGGGACAAGUUGGGGUUGAGAAUGAGAAUAGGCCUGCAGAGGAUGGUAAUCCGGCAGCUGAGAAUGAGAAUGUUGCUGAACCUGGUGGAGACAAUGGUGGCCACACCUGGUGGGUAAUUGUGAAGGAGAUUAAGAUGAUUGUCUUCGGCUUUAUUACCUCUCUUCUCCCAGGCUUUCAUAACAUAGAUUAG